CGGUGACCGUUAUCGUCAUCCUGUAGGGCUCGAUCUACCUCUGAUCACAGCCGGGCUCGAGACAAGUCGGGGCCGUAGUCAAGUUGGGAAGCCGAAUCCGCGUUCGGCGUGGGCGUCAUCUGCUCCUUCGCUGGCUUGCUCUAGUCUCCACAAUCCAGCCAAUCCUCUGGGAUCAGCCCAUCAUCCGCCGCAGAUCAUCUGCACUCCAUCGUGCAUAGUCCCUGCAGGCGUUUUUUACCGUGAAAUUUUGGGCCACGGGCCUUGUCUGCAGACGCGGCCGUGCUCGCUCCCAUUCUGCCUUUCAAUUGGGAUUUCUCUCAUUCCAGCUAGACAGUAGCCAGCAUUCGCCAUGGCUACCAACAACUUUCGUGACUCAGUCAACUCUCUAGGGUGGUCGCGCAGAGACCCGGAUUUUCCCGUCCGUACUAAUGCCUCCUCUGAGACCCCGUUCCUUUCGCGGCUACAAUCCAUGAACCCGUUCGGUCAGGGUGGCUAUGUUCAACUACCCACUCACAAUGAGGCCCCAGGCGCGCCCUUGCCUGCACCCAAUCGCAGGGAAGAGGAAGAGGGUUUCUUCGCCUUGAGUCGUUGGGAUCGGAUGCUCAUCUUUGGCGCCUGUAACUUGGGCGCCGCAGUCUGCUUUAUGAUAUGCUUCUUCCUAUUUCCAGUUCUCUCGCUCAAGCCCCGCAAAUUCGCUGUUCUAUGGUCUGUCGGUUCAGUCCUGUUUCUGCUAUCAUGGGCAGUCCUCAUGGGACCCUGGUCUUACGCUAGACAUUUGGUCUCGGGACCACGGUUGCCCUUCACGGCAGCCUACUUUGGAUCGAUCGGACUAACACUGUACUUUGCUAUCGGGCUCCAAAACCUCUUCCUUACUCUCAUCUCGUCUAUCUUUCAGCUCGCCGCCCUGGUCUGGUAUCUGGUCAGCUACUUCCCCAUGGGCAGUACCGGCUUGCAGUUCAUGGGCCGUUUCGGUGCAUCGCGCGUGUCUGCUUGGAUUUCCGGUUGAGACUCGAUGGCAUUAUACCCACGAAGUGAUUGAUGAACAUUCAGCGAGCGCAAAGCUGUCGCGCAGUUAUUUGCAUUUACCUGCAAGCGCCAUCGUUCCUUCCUUUUCCGUUUCUUGUAUAUGUAAUGAUGCCCAUCGUGGAGAUAGAGGUUUUGGUACUUGUCUUUGUUCUGCGUUCUUGUUUAAUAGCCUAGGGGCAUAUACCCAGUUCAUGCAAGAAGCCUACUUGAUCAG